AUGACCACAACACCGGGAACUAUUGGUCCUCAUAGUCGUAAAAAAGUUUCUUACUAUUAUGAUUAUGAUGUAGGAAAUUAUUAUUAUGGACAAGGCCAUCCAAUGAAACCUCAUCGUAUACGUAUGGCACAUAAUUUGAUUCUUAAUUAUGGUCUCUAUCGUAAAAUGGAAGUUUAUCGUCCACAUAAAGCAGUAGCUGAAGAAAUGACACGUUUUCAUAGUGAUGAAUAUGUGAAAUUUAUACAAAAUGUUCGACCGGAUAAUAUUAUGGAAUUUAAUAAACAAAUGCAACGAUUCAAUGUUGGAGAAGAUUGUCCAGUAUUUGAAGGUGUUUAUGAAUUUUGUCAAAUAUCAGCAGGUGGUUCAUUAGCUGGUGCAGUUAAACUUAAUCGAAAAUUAACUGAUAUUGCUAUUAAUUGGGCUGGAGGUCUUCAUCAUGCUAAAAAAUCUGAAGCAUCUGGUUUUUGUUAUAUAAAUGAUAUUGUUUUGGCUAUACUUGAAUUACUCAAAUAUCAUCAACGAGUACUUUAUGUUGACAUUGAUGUUCAUCAUGGUGAUGGAGUUGAAGAAGCAUUUUAUACAACAGAUCGAGUAAUGACGGUAUCAUUUCAUAAAUUUGGAGAAUAUUUUCCAGGCACUGGCGACCUUCGGGAUAUUGGUGCUGGUCGUGGUAAAUAUUAUGCUGUUAAUUUUCCACUUCGUGAUGGAAUUGAUGAUGAUACAUAUGAAACAAUUUUUAAACCGGUGAUGACUAAAGUUAUGGAAACAUAUCAGCCAAAUGCAGUUGUACUUCAAUGUGGUGCUGAUUCACUUACUGGAGAUCGUCUUGGUUGUUUUAAUUUAACACUUAAGGGUCAUGGUAAAUGUGUGGAAUUUAUCAAAGGUUUUAAUUUACCAUUAUUACUCCUUGGUGGUGGAGGUUAUACAAUUCGAAAUGUUGCACGUGCUUGGACAAAUGAAACAGCUAUUGCACUUAAUCAAGAAAUUUCAAAUGAAUUACCUUAUAAUGAUUAUUUUGAAUAUUAUGGACCAGAUUUUAAAUUAAAUAUUAGUCCAUCAAAUAUGCCAAAUCAAAAUAAUACAGAAUAUUUAGAUAAAAUCAAAGUUAAACUUUUUGACAAUCUUCGAAUGUUACCUCAUGUACCUGGUGUUCAAAUGCAACCUAUUCCUGAUGACAUCAUGGAUGUUGAUCGAGUUGUUGAUGAAGAUAAAGAUAGCGAUCCUAAUAAACGUAUUUCACAAGUACAAAGAGAUCAUCGUAUUGUUGAUGAACGUGAAUUAUCUGAUUCAGAAGAUGAAGAUGGUGAUAAACGACGUAAUCAAUCAAAUGCAAAACAAGUUUCUAAUAAACAUAAACCUAAUUUAGAAUCAAUUAAUGGUACAUCAAUCAAUGGCAAUGAAGUAAUCUUACCAUCUAGUACAACUGUUACACAAGAUACAAAGAUUACUGAAUCAACUACUAUUAUUUCAUCUGCCAAUGAUAAAACAUCUGAAAAUAAGCUAUCAGAUGAAACAACUAGAUCUACAAAACCAUCUGAAGAAGAAACAAUGGUAACAACAACAAAAGAAGAAAUAACAAAAACAACAACUGUACUUGUUGAAAAUCAAUCACCUACAACUGUUGCAAAUGAUGAUAUACCAAAAGAAACUGUUACAACACCACUUCCAGAUGUCAUGGAUACAUCAGAAGCCUCCUAA